CUCUACUUUGCCCUGUCCUCGAGCAAUGUCCAACUACUUGCGGUUCCUCAUGCGAAUUCCCGUUCUACAUCGCCUGCGUGAACGACUCUAUUCAGCGGUAUGGGAAUUCAUGCGCCGACGAGGCCAUGUGGACCCCGUUUUUUCGCGCGUCUUGCAGUUGCCUUUUGGCCUGUAUCUCAAGAUGACUGACUUGCAAGAGGCCCUCGCCACACAGUACGUUCACCAGCACACGACGAUCCCCGUUCCAAGAGUCCUCGAUGUCGUCCAUCGUAAGGGUAACAAGGUCUACAUGCUUAUGACCAAAAUACCUGGCGUGGAACUGGGCAUGCGCGCGGGCAGUAUUGACAGUCUAUCGCCUGAUCAACUCCAGGUUCUUGAGGACACCCUUCGCGACUGGUUCGAGCAGCUCAGAGCGCUUGAGCCUCCAGAUGCGGACGCGGUGUGUGGAUUUGGCGGUAAUGGGAUCAAAAGCUACCGCAUCAGGCACGACCGCUACGUCGGGCCCUUCGCUUCGCAGCAGGAGUUUCACGAGAUGCUAGUGAAGGGCUACGAGGCGACAUAUGGCAAACUGGUCGCUCCUAGCCACUCGAAGCCUCAUCGCAUCUGUUUCACUCAUGGCGACAUCUCCCCGCACAACAUUCUCCUUGACGAAGACAUGAAACCUGUUGGGCUCGUCGACUGGGAAUGCGCCGGGUGGAUGCCUGAAUAUUGGGAUUACACGUACGCGCUCUAUAUGAGAUACCCGGUGUACAUGGAAUGGGUCGAUUUGUUCACUCGCAUCUUCCCUCAAUACCGUGUCGAGUUUGAGGCUGAGUGCAAAUUAUGGGAGGUAGCGGCUCCUUGGUGAUCGUGGUGCACUCGAGGUACCUUGCGUUUAUCGACGAGAUCAACGGCCAGUCGUUAGUUAUGACAUCAUGCUGUUAGUAGUUCUGCUUUGCUAUCUGUGUUGAAUACCUCGAGCUACAUGGAAA